GUGUGUGUGUGUGUGUGUAUUGCAUUUGUGUUGUGCUCUCUAACGUGAAGAACAAAUUAACUUCUAGUUCUUUAAAUAGUUCAUUCAUUCAUUUCUGUCAUUUGCACCAAAUGCUUAAUUAGUCUGGUAAGACCUAGCCAAUGCAGGAGGAAAACAAAAAAACAGUGCGCAACUCACCUGCCAGUCCAGUGCCACAUACUCGUCUUGCACCAUUCAUUCGUUCUCCGCGACUGUAGCUGGAGGGUCAUGGAGGCCAUAAUGCCUUUUGGAUUUGUGGGUUUCGGACUGCGUCUUGUGAUUUUAACCUGGAUGCUCCCAGACAAGACCUGUGCGGGGGACCUGAUAACUGACCCCGUGGAGCCUGUCCUGCCUGAGUCGUCGUUGCUAAAGCCUAAAGUGUUGAUCGCUUUUCUCGCCCGGAAUGCAGAGCACAGCCUUCCCUACUUCCUGGGCUGCAUUGACAGGCUGGACUAUCCAAAGGAUCGUAUCGCUGUCUGGGCAGCAGCAGAUCACAGUAUGGACAAUACCACAGCCAUGCUGCAGGAGUGGAUUAGAGGAGUGACGGGCCAGUAUCACUCUGUCCACUGGACCUCCGCCGAGGAACCAAGCUCUUAUGCAGAUGAGUCUGGCCCGAAGCACUGGCCUGACUCACGGUUCAGCCACGUGAUGAAGCUGAAGCAGGCGGCUCUCCAAGCAGCCAGGGCUCUAUGGGCCGAUUACAUACUGUUUGUGGACGCCGACAACAUGCUGACCAACCGGCGGGUGCUGACCGAGAUGAUGGCGGAGAAUCUGACGGUGGCGGCUCCCAUGUUAGAAUCCCGCGUCCUCUACUCCAACUUCUGGUGUGGCAUGACUCCACAGGGUUACUACAGGCGUACCCCGGAGUACAUUCCCAUCAGGAACUGGAAGCGCCAGGGCUGCUUUGCUGUUCCCAUGGUGCACUCCACCUUCCUGGUCGACCUGAGGCGGAGUGCCACCCGAGCCCUGGCCUUUCAUCCACCGCACCAAGAUUACAGCUUCCCCCUGGACGACAUCAUGGUCUUUGCCUUCUCUGCACGGCAGGCAGAUGUGCAGAUGUACAUAUGUAACAGAGAGCAUUAUGGGUAUCUGCCACUUCCCCUGAAGCAACAGCAGAGUCAGGAGGAGGAGGUGGAGAGCUUUAGCCACACACUGACUGAGGCUUUGAUUGAUUACCUAAUGAUGCCGUCCAAAUACAUGCACCAUCGACCCAAACCUCUGGAAAAGAUAGGAUUUGAAGAGAUCUUUUUAAUUAAUCUAAAGCGUCGCUUUGACCGGAGAGAUCGAAUGCUGAGCACCCUUGCUGUUUUGGGCAUCGACUUCACAUUGACAGAGGCGGUGGAUGGCAAAGCUUUGAACACCUCGCGGCUGUUAGCGAUGGGAAUAGACAUGUUGCCUGGUUACAAAGACCCGUAUUCGGGGCGUGUGCUGACGCGAGGAGAGAUCGGAUGUUUCCUAAGUCACUAUAAAAUCUGGAAACAGGUGGCGGAGCUGGGACUGCGGCGUGUGCUGGUGCUGGAGGAUGACGUCCGGUUUGAGCCGCGGUUCCGCAGCAGAUUAAUGACGCUACUGGAGAACGUGGACAGAGUGAGACUGGACUGGGAUCUGAUCUACAUAGGACGUAAGAGGCUGCAGGUGAAGCAGCCGGAGCCUUGGGUGGAGGGGGUCAGUAAUCUCGUGCACCCCGACUACUCCUACUGGACCCUGGGCUAUGCGCUCUCCCUGCAGGGGGCCAAGAAGCUCCUGGGGGCCCAGCCUCUGGGCAAGAUGCUCCCUGUGGACGAGUACCUGCCUGUCAUGUUCAACAAGCACCCAAAGGAAGAGUACAUGGCCCAGUUUGAGCGGAGGGACCUGCUGGCGUUCUCCGUGGAGCCACUCCUGCUCUUCCCCACACACUACACCGGCGAGCCGGGCUAUUUCAGCGACACGGAGACCUCCACCAUCUGGGACGACGAGGCCACCGCCACCGACUGGGACCGGGAGAACGACCAGCGCCGCGGCAAGCCGGACGGCCAGGGACGACCCACGCCCUCGGGCAGUGCCGCAGAAGGAGUGCCCCCUCUUUCAUCCGCCAGCAAACACAGAGAGGAACUCUGAGGAGUUGAGGUCACACAAUCGUCACAAAGCCAGUUUGGGCAGAGCAGCGGGGUGGGGCGGUUAGAAGGCAGUCCAUCAGUGAACGUCCAUCAGUGAAAUGAUGAAACAGCUCAGUUGGUCCAGUUUGGACAAAAUACUGCAGUAUCUGCAUCACAAUAGUGGCUUGGUUUCCUAGACGGGUCAAACGUUGUUGUUUUUUGCUUUAAGAGCCAUCACUGACAUCCCUCCUUCAAGCAAUACUGACAAUAAAGUGGAUAUAUCAACCAUACUGGACAUUUAAAUACACAUGCAAGGUAACAGAAUGUU